AGAAACAUCGUAAUGGCGGAACGAGUGGAAGUUAUUGAAGUCCCAGGCUGUGUCUCGUCGCCGUGAGUGGAGGCAAAACGUGCGAAGCGAGCGAGCGUGCGAGUCGCGAGGACUGUGCUCAGAGUCCGUCUCGAGGACACCGGUCGUUUGUCGAAAUUCGUCGAGUCCCCGCCGCGACGAUGAUGAAUAAUCGCAGGCGCAGUAACUUCACGUAUGUCAGUUCGUGCGUGAAGUACAUGAUCUUCAUGCUGAAUUUUGUCUUCUGGCUGUUUGGUGGAUUGCUGAUCGGCGUAGGUCUCUAUGCGUUCGUGGAUAAAUGGCAGGCAACUGGAUCUGUCCGAGUGGAGAAUGUCUACGACGUGGUCUUGAACAUCUCUCUGGUGAUGCUGAUAGCUGGCGGAGUGGUUUUUGUCGUUAGUUUUGCAGGAUGCGUCGGAGCCCUUCGCGAAAACACAUGCCUUCUUAAAUUUUACUCGCUGUGUCUUCUAGUAUUUUUCCUUUUGGAGAUGGGUGUAGCGAUCGUCGGUUUUGUAUUUCCGCAUACUCUGCAGUCUCUUUUGGAAGAAUCAUUCACGGACAAAAUAAUUCAGACGUACAGAGAAGAUCCAGAUCUACAAAAUUUCAUCGAUUUUGGUCAACAGGAGUUCAAGUGUUGUGGCUUGAGUCAAGAGGGAUACCUGGACUGGGGGAAGAAUGAAUAUUUUAAUUGCACUAGCCCUAGUGUAGAACGUUGCGGUGUACCUUUCUCUUGUUGCAUAAACGCUACUGAUAUAUCCAGUGGACUUGUAAAUAUAAUGUGCGGCUACAAGGUUCAGAUGUUACCAGUAUCAGAAGCAAGUAAAAAAGUGUGGACCAGCGGAUGCAUCGAGAUCGUCCGAAGUUGGGCGGAACGUAAUCUCUACACGAUAGCUGGCAUCGCUCUGGGUAUUGCGCUCAGCCAGCUUUUUGUCAUCUACCUCGCGAAAACGUUGGAGGGCCAGAUCGAGCUGCAGAAGUCCCGCUGGCAUUCCUGAGCUUGACUUCAGGCCACCUACCGUUACCAGAUACAUUCUGCAGCCAAUAGGCAGGUGGCCAGCGGUGGACGAUCGCGCGGAUCGCAGGACACUGAGUCGAAUAUAAACGCGCGAAUGGCAUUGCUCGUCCUCUUCGCGAUCUCUUUAUACAUACUGUGCAUUUUGUCCCUCAUCAAACUCAUCCUUUAUUUCAAGAAUUACUUUCACCUGUAUGUGAUUAAAGGAUAAAUACGUUGCCGAUGGUCGACGAGUCCUCUUCAUACAUUAGACUAUGCAUCGAUCACGGAGGCACAAAUCGAUGACUCUUGCAUAGAGAUUGUGUACACACGCGGGUGCAGAAAUGGUGUCCUGUGCGUUUACAGUCAGCGGUAAAAGUUCUCUUUAGUACUCAGAAAAGCAUACCUUCUCGCUUACAUAGUUGACUGCAUGAUUCAAAAUGCUUCGCACUUGCAUCGGCGAAUUACGUGUCAUGCGUGUCAUUAUGUGAAUGCUGCACGGGACACGAUUAAUGCGUUCGUCUGUACAUGCGACUGGUAACUCGAAAAUUAAAGACAAAAGUGAGAGAGACAUUUAUCAUGAUGAAUUCUGUAAUAUGCAUUUCACUAAGCAUGUUACACGAUGUGUUACAUUAUAUUGCGUUACAUAAUAGUGUUUAUAAAAAUCGCUAAAUUUUAUGAUUAUAUGAAAUAUCUAUUUUUCGAGUAUUAUUUUUUUCUUUGAAUCAAUUUGUAAUUUUUCUUCUUUUUCAUCGCGGUUUCAAUGUACUUUAUGCAAUACACAAAGCUAAUACUUGUGUGUUAAAUUAAGACAUUUAGAUCUGAUAUAAUCUUGUCUUUCUAACACGAGAUAGUUCGACGAUGUUUGAAUUUUAUCAUUUUCAGCACAUUGACACAAGUUGUUUUAACGGUUAACAUUGAUGUACUAUUAAUAAGUGACAUAGGAGCUUGUUUCAUAAGGAUUCAAAUAAUGAUAAUCGUGUGCACAUUUUUUGCAUAUGUUACUUCCAUUGAGAUAAGUAAGAGUUAGAAGAUAAUGAAUUUAGAGAUGAAUAUCAUCUUGUAAAUGAAUCUUGGAAUUAAUUUGCUCUACUAGUUAGGUGUAAAUUGUAUCAUCAAAUUAUUUUGAUUUUUUUCUAUAUUAAAUUAUAGAUUGUAAUAACUCUGCGAAACUGAUGAAGACUUAGUAUAGUCGAAACGUUUUUGUUAAUAUAUUCUCUCGAGAAUAAUUUUUCUUUUCAUUUAUUUAUAUACGACCUAAUAAUAGCUCGUCAUCUGAUCGUUUUCCUCUAUUAAUUUGCGUUGCAAACAACGAGCGAAAUACCGAUUGUUUCUGUAUUAAAUAAUUUUAAGCACUUAAACGCAUUUGAUCAUAGAGUAAUGCGUAUAUAAGCAAUUUUUGCUUUUCUUUUUUUGUAAUUAACAGUUACAAAUGUAUUAUUCUAUAAAUAAGUGGAUGUAAUGCUGCAAUGUUGAACUUAUGAUACUGAUAAUUAUUAACGGUAAUUCUCAUUCACUUGUAGUGUAUGCGAUGCCAUAUCUGUAUUAUGCAAUCACGAAUGAGCGCACAUUAUUUGAAUGAUAUUAAUUUAUAUCUCGCUGUCGUUGCAUUAGCGUAACUCAUGUAUGUGAGACAAGAAACGUCCAGUGCCAAAGUCAGAAUAUCGUUUUUGUUUUAAACAAAUCUGACAAUAAUCUGGUAUAAAUGAUUUGUUUAAUGCAUUUAGGUGUCUCUUUGUCAAGAAUAUAAAUGUAAAACUGAUAUAAAACCUUCUAGUUUGUAAUAAACAAGUAUUAUUCUAA